CCAGCUACUGGGUCGGGUUGGAGACGUCAGUUCCUGUGUGUUGUUUCAGACAGUCUCGUUCUCCAGCUCUCAGAAGCUGGCUGCUGAUCCAAGUCCUCCGCACGAAGCCACAGUUCUCUCCUGAAACCAACUCUCAGCGAGUUCCAUCAAAUAAGAUUGGGUUGUGUCUAUAAAACACACAAUGGCACCAAAGAAGAAAAGCACAAAGAAAAACAAGACGGAAAAGAAUGAAUUACCAAAAAUAAGCAUUGUUGAGGACACAACUAUUGACAUCGAUCAGUUGAACCACCUUAACACACUCUAUGAUAGUGGAUCAAAUGGGUUUCGAUGCACAGCCACAGAAGUCUCCAAUCCUAAUCAUGGCAAUAUCCUUUUGGAGGAAAUCAGCAGGAUGCGCCAGGAGAGACUGUUCUCUGAUCUUACACUAUCCACUAAAAAUAAAUCCUUUGAUGUCCAUAAAGUGGUGAUGGCUGCGUGUAGUGAUUAUUUCCGUAACAUGUUGAAAAAAGAUCCUUCAAUUCAAUGUGUUGAUGUUAAUGAUGUUUCACCUUUGGGUUUGACCACUGUGAUAACCUAUGCCUACACAGGGAGACUCAGCUUGUCUCUUUAUACCAUUGGAUGCACCAUUGCCACUGCCACCCAGUUUCAAAUGUGUACCUUGAUCAAUAUGUGCACUGACUUCCUCAUCCAAGAAAUUAAUGUGGAAAACUGUAUGUACAUCUCAAAUAUUGCUGGGACAUAUGGAUUAAAUCAGGUGAAAGAGUCAGCAAAGAAAUUCAUCCGUGAAAAUUUCUUGGAGUUUUCAGAAAAUGAUCAGUUCAUGAAACUGACAUAUGACCAAAUAAGUGAUUUGUUGAUGGAUGACAGCCUGCAACUGCCCUCUGAGCUCACUGCAUUUCAAAUUGCUAUGAAAUGGUUGCAGUUUGAUUCCAAAAGGGUGAAGCAUGCAGCUGACCUGUUGAGUAAUAUAAGAUUUGGUACCAUUUCAGCUCAUGAUCUAGUCAGUUAUGUUCAACCUAUCCCAUGCAUGAUGCAAGAUCCAGAUUGCCAUCGACUCCUGGUUAAUGCCAUGAACUAUCACCUCCUGCCUCAUCAACAGAACUCAAUGCAAUCAAGAAGAACAAAGCUCAGGGGAGGACAGAAGGUUCUGCUAACCGUAGGUGGUCGACCAGCUUUGACUGAGAAGGCUUUGAGUAGAGAUAUUUUAUACAGAGAUCCUGAAAAUGGAUGGAACAAACUUGCGGAAAUGCCGGCCAAAAGCUUCAAUCAAUGUGUAGUUGUGAUGGAUGGCUUUUUAUAUGUUGCUGGUGGUGAGGAUCAGAAUGAUGCCAGAAACCAAGCUAAACACGCUGUCAGCAGUUUAAACAGAUAUGACCCUCGUUUCAACACAUGGUUUCAUUUAGCCAGCAUGCUUCAGAGGCGAACCCAUUUCAGUAUGUGCGCUUACAAUGGCUUGCUUUUUGCAAUUGGUGGUCGGAACUCAGAUGGUCCUCUUUUGUCCAUGGAAUGUUACAUCCCUUCCACUAACCAGUGGCAGAUGAAGGCUCGGAUGGAUGUUGCCCGCUGCUGCCAUGCUUCUGCUCUUAGCGAUGGCAAGAUCCUGAUAACUGGUGGCUAUAUCAACAAUGGUUACUCUCGUACAGUGUGUGCCUAUGAUCCAACAACAGACACUUGGAAAGACUAUGCUAGUUUGAGUACACCCAGAGGUUGGCACUGUGCAGUCACUCUUGGUGAUUACAGCUACGUGAUGGGGGGCAGUCAGCUUGGGCCGCAAGGUGAGCGGGUUGAUGUGAUAACAGUUGAACGCUACAAUGCUUAUAAUGGGCAAUGGAGCUACGUAGCUCCCCUAUCAAUCGGUGUAAGUACAGCUGGUGUAACAACCCUGAAUGACAGAAUUUAUCUAGUUGGAGGUUGGAAUGAAAGUGCAAAGAAGUACAAGAGCUGCAUCCAGGUCUACAAUCCAGAUCUAAAUGAAUGGACUGAUGAGGAUGAGCUACCAGAAGCCACGGUGGGUGUCUCUUGCUGCAGCAUUUUGUUGCCCAACAACAAACUUCGAGAGUCCAGAGCUAGUUCUGUGGCGUCUGCAGCAAUCAGUAUCUAAUAAGCAGCAUAUCUAAAAUUUUAAGAAACUCUUUAUACAACCAGAUUUCAAAU